CGGGACGCUUCUUCAAGAACGUCGCGUUAUCCACCUCCGGAGCUUUUAGCCAUCAUAAGCGAAAACAUUCAAGCUCUAUAAACGCUUUCGGUGUAUAUUAGCCACGGUGCUUUAAACACACUUGUCGUAUCUACUAGUUAGUUACCCAAUUUAAUAUAAUAUUUACGUUGUUGUUAGCUAACUGGCUGAGUAAAUUAGCAGUGCUAGUCUAGUCACUAAUGCUAACUAGUUAUCUAGCUAACAUCUCAACCAUGAGCUCACUAAACGACUCCCCCACUGCUAAAGAGGAGGUCUGCUGGACGGAGAAAGAAACUCUGGGGCUGAACAUUGUCGUGAAAGAGGAGAAGGAAGAAGAGGAUGUCACAGUAAAACAAGAAACAGAGGUUGAGGCUGUUACAGUGAAAGAAGAAGAGAAAGAAGUUAAAUUGACAGAAGAUGAAGACUCGUUCAGAGUGAAAGAGGAGGAGGAUGUUACAGUAAAAGAAGAGGAGGAAGAGAAAGAGGAGAUGACUGUCACAGUGAAAGAAGAGGAAGACAUUUUUGGAAUGAAGGAAGUGGGAGAGAUUACUGUCACAUUGGAGGAGGAAGAAGAGGAGACAGGAGAUCUGAUUAACAACAGAGAGAGACCAGUCUCUCCAUCUGACAGCAGAAAGAGUCCUUCAGGGGAACCAGACCCUGAGACACCCAAGCCAGCGAGACGACACCACUGCUCCCAGUGUAAUAUGAGUUUUAAGUGGUUAUGGAAGCUGAAAGAGCAUGAAAGGAAACACACUGGAGAAAAGCCCUUCCAAUGCUCCCAGUGUGGAAAUAGAUUCUCACGAGCACAUGACCUAAAAUCACAUGAGAGGACACACACAGGGGAAAAACCACACAAUUGUUCCCAGUGUGGAAAGCUUUUUUCCCAUUUAGGGAACCUGAACAAACAUAAGCGAAUACACUCUGGAGAGAAGCCUUACCCCUGUUCCCAUUGUGGAAAGAAUUUUAGGUCUUCAGAUAACCUGAAAGCGCAUGAGAGGACACACACAGGGGAAAAACCUUACCAUUGCUCCCUUUGUGGAAAGGAUUUUACCAAGUUAAGGAACCUAAAAGAGCAUGAGAGGAAACACACAGGAGAAAAGCCUUACGAAUGCUCCCAGUGUGGAAAGAGUUUUUCCCAUAUAGGGAACCUGAACAAACAUAAGAGAGUACACUCUGGAGAGAAGCCUUACCCCUGUUCACAUUGUGGAAAGAAUUUUAGGUCUUCCGAUAACCUGAAAGCGCAUGAGAGGACACACACAGGGGAAAAACCUUACCAUUGCGCCCUGUGUGGAAAGGAUUUUACCAAGUUAGGGAACCUAAAAGAGCAUGAGAGGAAACACACAGGAGAAAAGCCUUACCACUGCUCCCAGUGUGGAGAGAGAUUUUCAAGGUCACUAUACCUUAAAACACACGAGAGGACACAUACAGGAGAAAAGCCUUACCACUGCUCCAAUUGUGGAAAGAGAUUUUCAACAUCAUCGGACCUAAAAAAGCACCAGAGGACACACACAAGGGAGAAAUCUUACCAUUGCUCUCAAUGUGGAAAUAGUUUCUUACGAUCACAUGACCUAAAAUCGCAUGAGCUGACACACACAGGGGAAAAACCACAUAGUUGCUCCCAGUGUGGAAAGUGUUUUUUGUAUUUAGGGAACCUGAACAAACAUAAGAAAAUACACUCUGGAGAGAAGCCUUACCCCUGUUCCCAUUGUGGAAAAUUCUUUAGGUCAUUAGAUAACAUGAAGGAGCAUGAGAGGACACACACGGGGGAGAAGCUUUACCAUUGCGCCCUGUGUGGAAAGAGAUAUUCACGAUCACAUGACCUAAAAUUACAUAAAAGGAAACACACAGGGGAAGAAAACGCACAAUUACACACACAGGGGAUAAACCACACAGUUGGUCUCAGUGAGGAAAGAAUUUAACGCAGUUAGAGAACCUCGUCCCAUUGAGGAAAUACAUUGUCCCAGUCACAUGACCUAAAAUCACAUCAAACCAAACUAUAUUUAUACAGCACCUUUCUGACAUGGAAUGCAACACAAUGGGCUUCACAGGUAAAAAAUAAUGGGGGAAAAAAACUGAAAUAUUUACGACACAACAAACAUAAGAGAAUUUUUAAAGAACUAAACAUUAACAAUAAAAACGGCACAACUAAAAAGCACCCUGAGGAAAAGAAAAGAUAAAAAUGUAUUUUAAUCUCUUUUAGAAAUGUCCACAGUUUCAGCUCCCCUCAGGUUCUCUGCCAGGCUAGUCCAGAGUCUGGGGGCAUAGUAACUAAAGGCUGCCUCUCCAUGCCUCUUGGUCCCCCUCAAGUUCUCUAGCAGGCUAUACUAUACUAUUCCAGAGGCUGGGGGUAUAGUAACUAAAGGCUGCCUCUUGGUCCCCCUCAGGUUCUCUGGAAGACUAUACUAUACUAUUCCAGAGGCUGGGGGUAU